AUGGGCUUGUUCUCCAAGAAAGCUCCUGUCGAGGAGCAGGUUGCUGCCGAACCUACCGGAUCUCCCCAUUACGACGAGAAGACGACGGGCGAGCACCCCGGUGAUAGAUCAAGCGAUGACGAGCCAAUCUCAAAGGACCUCCAGGCCGGUGUCGCCAAGGUCGAGGCCAUGACAACCGUGUGGACAAAGCGCGAUCUUAUCAUUGCUUACAUCCUGAUCUGGUUGUUCUAUGUCGUUACCUCUAUCCAGGAGGUCUCGAUGCGCGUCUUGUCCCCCUUCGUCACUAGCUCUUUCGCCAUGCACUCGUUGACAGCCACGACUGGUGUCAUGUCAACCCUCAUUGCCGGCCUGAUUAAGUUACCGCUUGCCAAGAUUCUCGACACAUGGGGCCGUCCUCAAGGUCUCGGUAUCAUGCUCAUCUGCUGGAUUCUCGGCUUCAUUAUGAUGGCUGCUUGCAAUGGCGUCGAGACUUAUGCUGCUGCGCAGGUCUUCUACUCAGUUGGGCAAAUCCCAAGAGCUCUGAUGCUCUCGUUCGCAACGACGCCAUACAUCUUCAUUACCUGGGCAGCUGGCCCCAUCACCGACAGUAUCCUCAGAGAGGAUGGCAUUGGCUGGCGUUGGGGUCUUGGUAUGUGGGCUAUCGUUGCUCCCGUCGUUAUCGGACCUCUUGUUCUCCUUUUCCUCUGGAACCAGCAUAAAGCGAAGAAGAUGGGCGUCAUCGACAGCCGCGGUUCCAUCAAGAACAUCUCUGGCGCCAAGAUUCUCAAGUUCCUCAUUGAUGUCGAUGCCCUUGGCAUCCUCAUUCUCGCUGCCGGCAUGGCACUGUUCCUGCUGCCAUUCAACAUCUACUCCUACCAGACGGAAGGUUGGCGCUCUCCCAUGAUCAUUGCCUUCAUUGUCGUCGGUUUCUUCUUGAUCAUCGGCUUCGUUGUUUACGAGAAGUUCUUCGCCCCCGUCACCUUCAUUCCCUUCUCUCUUCUGAUGGACAGAACCGUCUUCUUCGGUGGCAUGAUGUUCGUCUUUGUGUUCUUCAACUCUGCUGUCUGGGGAUCCUUCUUUACUUCCAUGCUCAUGGUUGUCUGGAAUACAUCCACCUCUCAGACCACCUACAUCAGCAACAUUUACCGAACGGGCUCCUGCUUCUUCUCCAUUAUCAUCUCCUGGCUCAUCUACCGCACCGGACGCUUCAAGCCUUUCGCUCUUUUCUUCUGCAUUCCUUUGAUGAUGCUCGGCGUUGGCCUCAUGAUUCAUUUCCGUCAGCCUGACCAACCUCUCGGCUACAUUAUCAUGACUCAAAUUUUCGUCGCGUUUGCUGGUGGACCCACUGUCAUCUGCGGAGAGAUGGCCAUGCUCAGUCCCUCCGACCAUGCCCACGUCGCCGUCAUCAUGGCCAUCCUGGACCUCUUCGGUAGCAUCGGCUCCACCGUUGGUUACACCGUCGCCACUGCCAUCUGGACCGGUACUUUCAGAAAGAAUAUUGCAAAGUACACUCCUGCAGGCACCCCCGUCGACACCAUUUAUGGCGAUAUCUACCAGCAGCUUAGCUACGAGGUCGGCAGUCCCGAGCGCAUUGGCAUUCAGCGUGCCUACGGUGACUCACAGCGCAUCAUGCUCAUCACUAGUAUCUGCCUCCUGGUCGGUGCUCUUGGCUCCGUCGCCAUGUGGCGCAACCUGAACGUCAAGAAGAUUAAGCAAGUGCGCGGAAACGUUGUUUGA